UUUAAUUUUAGGAAUUAAGUAAGUUUGUGUUCGUAUGUGCUAUCGUGGAGUCUAAUUAUUUAAUUAAUUAUAUUUGCUGUGGGCAGCGACAGGGAGACAGGGACAACAGAUCCGGAUCUUUCCCUCUCUCAUGCUAAUGAGUGUGCACGAGAUUUUACAAAUUGUGCGGGUUUGACAUUCAAUAAACGGCUGUUGCCUCCCAUAACAUUCUUAUAUGUUCGGCGGUUGCCUCCCAUGACAUUCUUAUAUGUUCGGUCAUUGCUUCCCACAACUUUCUUUAGAGGAAGAGACUAGCGUCUGGCAACGCUGUAAUCACACCAUAUAUCUUUUGACAGUUGUGCUACCGUGGAAAUUAAUUCUAUCAUUCUAUCGCACUAAAACCAACCAAACAAAGUGAUUUCAGGAUCCCUUUUUGCUACCGUGGAAUCUUGUGCAUUAUUUAAUUAAUUCUAAGGUAAAAUUGAUAAUAGAACUGCCGACAAGUAAAUUACAAAACGUGGAGAUAGUCUUGUGCAAAUCUAAGGGAAAAGUUGGGCUGUGUAGUGUGAUUUCAGGAUUUUAGUAAGUUCGUAUGUGCUACCGUGGAGUCUCGUAAUUAAUUCAUUAAUUCUAAGACAGUAUAAUAGUUGGACCACGCCUCAUCUUUAAGGUGAAGAGAAUAUGCAUUUCUAUCACUAAUCAUUAAAAAACGCGUAGAAGUCAUAAAUCAUACAUAAGGAAAUAAUACCCUGAUCCAAUUGUGACGUCCAUAUACUUGACCCAAGGACAAAAGUGUGCAUGUGUUUGACGGAUAACAAAAAAUAUAUAAUACGUUAAUAAUAGGAAUAGGAAAUCCAGAAUAGCGAGAAGCUGCGGGCUGCCGAAGUCAAAUAUAAUAUUGACCAUAUAACUUGAAAGAAUAUAGAUUCGAAGCAAACACGAUGUUUAUCGAAGAUGAUGCGCAGAUGGAGAGCUUCUGGAUACAGAGCGCCAUUGGUGCAAUUAAGGCAAUUGCAUUUGUCUGUGACAUAAUAACUUUACCGGUUUAUUUGGUGCUACAAAGACCAUGGAAAAGGAGGCACGAGGCCAAGCGUGUUAAGGCUAAAAUUGUGUCCAAUGACGAAUCAACUUUAACUUAUCGGACUAUAGAACCGCCCCGAGAUGUCCACAUUAAAAUGUUGCAGGACAACAUAGACACACUUGAAAAAGUUUUUAAUUACGUCGCAAAAACACAUUCGUCUAAGCGUUGCCUGGGCACACGCCAAAUCUUAAGUGAAGAAGAUGAGGUACAGCCUAAUGGACGUGUCUUUAAAAAGUAUAAUAUGGGAGAUUAUAAAUGGAAAAAUUUUAUCGAAUCAGAACGUAUGGCUGCAGCAUUUGGACGCGGUCUUCGCGAAUGCGGUCAGGAACCUCGCAAGAAUAUUGUUAUAUUUGCGGAAACUCGCGCUGAGUGGAUGAUAGCGGCUCAUGGCUGUUUUAAACAGUCUAUGUCCAUAGUUACCGUUUACGCAACGUUGGGAGACGAGGGUGUUGCUCAUUGCAUAAGUGAAACGGAGGUGACAACUGUUAUAACAUCUCAUGAUCUGCUACCAAAAUUCAAGCAGCUAUUGGAAAAAUGUCCUCUCGUUAAUACGAUUAUCUUUAUGGAGGAUCAAUUGCACAAAACCGAUAUAUCAGGCUUUAAAGAUGGAGUCAAGAUUAUUCCAUUUUCACAAGUUACACGACUAGGCCAAGACAGCAAGUUUGAGGGUGUUCCCCCGAAGGGCAAUGAUAUUGCAAUCAUAAUGUAUACUUCCGGAUCUACUGGGACACCUAAGGGAGUUUUGUUAUCUCACAAAAACUGCAUUGCAACCAUGAAAGGGUUUUGCGAUGUGGUGCCAAUAUAUCCUGAUGACGUCUUGAUAGGUUUUCUUCCUUUGGCUCAUGUUUUUGAAUUAGUGGCAGAGAGUGUUUGUUUAAUGACAGGCGUUCCCAUAGGCUACUCGACGCCCUUGACGUUAAUAGACACCAGCAGCAAAAUUAUGAGGGGUUCAAAGGGAGAUGCAACAGUUUUGAAACCUACAUGUAUGACAACAGUACCACUCAUUUUGGAUAGAAUUUCAAAAGGCAUUAACGAUAAAGUUAAUUCGGGCUCCGCUUUUAAAAAAGCUCUAUUUCAAUUUCUUUACCAGUACAAAGUUAAAUGGAUUAAAAAAGGUUAUCAGACCCCAUUGAUUGAUAGAUUGGUUUUCAAGAAGGUCGCUAAAUUGAUGGGAGGUCGUGUUCGUAUUAUGAUGUCGGGAGGUGCACCACUUUCGCCAGACACACACGAACAAAUAAAAACUUGUUUAUGCGUUGACUUAAUUCAGGGCUACGGUUUAACGGAGACCACUUCAGGAGCAACAGUCAUGGAUUAUCGGGAUAUGCAAUAUGGACGUGUUGGGGCACCAUUGACAGUUUGCGAAAUACGCUUAGUCAAUUGGGAGGAAGGAGGCUACAGAGUGACAAAUAAACCUUAUCCGCAAGGUGAAGUUCUUGUUGGUGGCGAAUGCGUUUCAAUGGGAUAUUAUAAGCUACCAAAUAAAACCGCUGAUGAUUUCUUUGACGAGGAUGGUAAGCGCUGGUUCAAAACUGGAGAUGUUGGAGAAAUGCAUCCUGACGGCGUACUUAAAAUAAUAGAUCGUAAGAAGGACUUGGUGAAAUUACAAGCAGGCGAGUAUGUUUCAUUGGGCAAAGUAGAAUCGGAAUUGAAAACAUGUCCAUUGGUGGAAAAUAUAUGUGUGUACGGCGACCCAACCAAGCAAUUUACUGUAGCCCUAGUUGUACCAAAUCAAAAGCAUUUGGAAGAAUUGUCUAUUCGCCACGGGUUGGAAGGGAAGUCAUUUGAAGAACUCUGCUCCAAUCCUGUGAUUGAAAAAGCGGUGAUUAAGGAAAUAGCGGAGCAUGCUAGAAAAUGCAAACUACAAAAGUAUGAAGUACCCGCCGCUAUAACAUUGUGUAAAGAAGUUUGGUCGCCCGACAUGGGGCUUGUUACUGCUGCAUUCAAGCUCAAACGCAAAGACAUUCAAGACAAAUAUCAGCAUGAUAUUAAUCGAAUGUACGCCUCAUGAAAUUGGCUUAACAAUUAGAUCUAGAUUACACACAAAACAAAAAAAAAGAGUCUGCAAAAAAUAAUAAAUCAUUUACUUUUUAGAGUCCUGAUAUCAUGCUCUUUAUUUCACCAAUAACUUAGUAAAGCAUUAUUGGGAACACAAAUUAUUUAUUAAUCAGAAAAAAAAUUCAUAUGUUAAAUAUUGUAGCUAAUCUCCUAUUAAGAGCAAAUUUAAUGAUUUAAAAAGCAACUUUAAAUAACAGGCUGGAAAUAUGUUAAAACUUGAAUAUAAGCAUUGAUUAUGGACUGGAUAGUAACAAAUUUAUACUCAGACUAAAAAGAACUAUUCGUACGUCGUGGGAUAGAGAAUCUAAUUUGCAAUUGCCGUAGGUCAGAGGCAUACAUAUAAUAAAAAUAGAUUUUUUUUAUUGUUUUGUAAUACUUAUUUGUGAGCCGACAUAUUGUAUAUAAUUUAAAUUAUUCAGCAAAGCUAUUUUAUUCAAGAAUGUCUCAAAAAUCUUACAGAUCCUGUAAUCAUAGUACUACCUACGGCGUACUGAAAUAAUGAGUAUACUGUUUUUUUGGCAAUAAAAGCACAAUAAUGGUAUUAUAAUUUCAAUAUUGCCGUCGUAAAAUUUGCUUUGAUUAGAAAGACCUCCAUAGAACAAUGCUUGUAUUAACAUUUUAUUGAUUCCAGGAUUAAAAUAGGUGAAGAAUGUUUUAUUUAGUAUUAUGUUUUUUGUUAAAUGAUUUAUUGUUUGAUAAGAAACUAAACAAAUAAAAUAAUAUUUACAUAAA